CGCGGGUACCAUUAUGGCGGGGGCUUCAUGCUUGGUUUUUUUUUUUUCCACGAAACAAAACAAAACCUCUCCACUGCUGUUCAGGGCUUGAGAGUCGAGACGGCAAAUUUGAGGCUUCAGCAACCAGAUCUACUAAUGCCAGAACAAGUCUUCAAGUGUUGAAAUUGUAGUAGGCGGCACAGAUGGCGAGAGACGAUGUUCAGCUCAGUGCGGCGAAGAGAGCUUACAAACAUGCUGUAGCGGAGGGCAAUCGACAGGAGGAAGCUCGGUGGGCGAACGUUAUCGGAGACAUCUUGAAGAACAGAGGAGAAUACGUUAAAGCUCUCAAGUGGCUACGUAUCGAUUACGAGGUCUCUUCGAAGUAUCUCCCUGAGAAGCAACUCCUUCCCACCUGUCAGUCCCUCGGCGAGGUUUAUCUCCGUCUGGAAUAUUUCAAAGAUGCUCUAAUUUAUCAGAAAAAGCAUUUGGAGCUUGCCAAGGACACAAGUGACCUCAUUGAACAGCAAAGGGCCAGCACCCAACUUGGCCGGACGUAUCAUGAAUUGUUUUUAAGAUCUGAUGGUGACCACUUAUCUGUGCGGAAUGCCAAGAAGUAUUUCCAAUCAGCUAUGAAACUUGCUCGGACUCUCAAGGAAAACCGACCACCUAACAAAACCUCAUUCUUCCUCAAGGAAUUUAUUGAUGCCCAUAAUAACAUUGGCAUGCUUGAAAUGGAUCUCGAUAACUUGGAAGAAGCCCAGAGAAUUCUUCUGGAUGGAUUGGAGAUAUGUGAUGAAGAAGAGGUGAAUGAAUAUGAUGAUGCACGCAGCAGGCUUCACCACAACCUCGGGAGCAUUUACAUGGAGCUAAGGAUGUGGGAUACAGCUAAAGUUCAUAUAGAGAAGGACAUACAGAUCUGUGAGAAAAUUGAGCACUACCAAGGAGAGGCCAAAGGCUAUAUCAAUCUUGGUGAAUUGCAUUAUAGGGUUCAAAAGUAUGAAGAAGCGAUUAACUGCUACCAGAAGGCUCUUAAAAUUGCAAAAUCCAUGGAAGAUGAAGAUGCUUUAGUUGAUCAGAUUGGUCAGAAUAUUGAAACUGUAAAAGAAGCAAUAAAAGUAAUGGACGAGUUAAGAAAAGAAGAGCAGAAUCUUAAGAAGCUGACAAGAGCUAUGGCCAUGGCUAGAGGCACUCCAGGUGAAAGAAAGUGCUUACUAGAUCAGAAUGCAUCCCUUGAUCGUCUCAUUGAAAAGUCCAGCAUGAUCUUUGCAUGGCUGAAACAUCGCGAAUUUGCAAAAAGGAAGAAAAGAGUAGCAACUGAACUCUGUGACAAGGAGAAGCUUAGUGAUUCCUUUCUGGUGAUUGGAGAAUCAUACCAGAAGCUCAGGAACUUCAGUAAAGCUCUUAAAUGGUACAAGAAGAGCUGGGACACAUAUCGUUCAAUUGGAAACUUGGAGGGGCAAGCAUUGGCCAAAAUUAAUAUUGGAGAUGUCUUAGAUUCUGAUGGUGAUUGGGCUGGUGCAUUAGAAGCAUUUGAAGAGGGUUACAGCAUUGCAGUUAAAGCAAACCUACCUUCUGCACAGAUUUCUGCACUUGAGAAUAUGCAUUACAGUCACAUGAUACGUUUUGACAAUGUUGAAGAAGCCAAGAGGUUGCAACUUGUUAUUGACAAGUUGAAGUGCUCAACCAAGAAAGACAAUGAAGCAUGUAUGCUAGAUGGGGACUGCUGCUCUGAAACUGAAACAAAAGGGAAUGAUGAUCUGACAGAUACUAGAUCCAAUGCAUGCAGUUCACCCAUGAUAACUAAAUCUGUUUCUGUGAGGAUAGAAGAGAUAGAUGAGGAUUUACCACUGAUAUCACUUCUUCAGUCCAGAAAGAAUUUCUCCAAGCCAAAAGGCAAUCAACUAAAUAAACCCAGCUUUUCGACUGUGCCAACUGAGUCUUCCCCAAAAAGUUUGAGUAAAUCAAUUAGCAGUCAUCAACCAGUUGUUGGGCGUAAGCGUGUCCGGGUGGUCCUCUCUGAUGAUGAAAGAGAUGAGCACAAUGAGAUAGAGUCCCCAAGAGGAAGAAACCGUAAUUGUCCUGUAGAGGAUGUUGCUACUUCUGAUGACAUUAAGAACAAUGAUGGACCAGCUGGCCUUUCCAGGGAGUUUCAGAAUGUUACACCUUGUAUUGCUUUCAAAGACCCAUUCAGUGCCUGCACACUCAUUAAUGUUGAAGAAAGUGCUUGCUCGUACAAAUCAGGAAGCCCUAAAGUAGCUGCUAAAAAUGGCACAGGUUUCAGAUCUUCAAGCACUCGGGAACUUGCUGAUACUUCAAAUUUUGGUGGAAGUGGAUCUAAAGUUGAGGGCGAUUGUAUCUUCAGUGACCUACAGAAGCAAAAUGGUGCAAAUUUCAAUCUGCUUAUUGCUUGUGAUGAAUAUAAUAAACAUGUCAUUGUUAAAAUUGAUGACAACAUGAUACGUGUUGAUCCAAGCUCAUGCAUGGAUGGUGAUAAGCUUAGUGUCGAGUGUAUGAAGGUUGAAGUGGCAUGCUUGUAUUACUUACAACUCUCUGAAGAGAAAAGGGCAAAAGGCCUGUUUCCCAUCAUUCGGCAUAUGAAGUAUGGCGGUAAAGCUCUAGAUUCCUUGGAAGAUUAUGAAACUAUUAAGCAUCACAUUAGGGGAAGAGGCUGGAUUGAAGUAGCUAUUGAUGGAUGGGUUCAGAAACGCUUGAUGAAGUUAUACAUUGACUUUUGCAAAAAGUUGUCUGAAGCACCAAAUAUGAAGUUGCUUAGGAAAUUAUACAACUUGGAGGUUUCAGAGGAUGAGGUCAUUGUAUCUGAAUGUGAAUUGCAAGAUAUAUCAGUUACACCACUAUUGGAUGCUCUGCAUGAGCACAAGACAAUUGCUCUGCUAGACCUUUCUCAUAAUUUAUUAGGAAACGAAACAAUGGAGAAACUUCAUAAAAUAUUUAAAUCAUCAAGUCAAAAAUAUGGUGGCUUGACUUUGGACUUACACUGCAAUAGAUUUGGUCCAACUGCAUUAUUCCAGAUUUGUGAAUGUCCUGUGCUUUUAUCUCGAUUGGAAGUGCUUAAUAUAUCUGGGAACCGUCUUACUGAUGCCUGUGCAUCCUACCUUUCAACCAUAUUGGAGAAUUGCAAAGCACUCUAUAGCUUGAACAUAGAGUGUUGUUCUAUCACAUCUAGGACAAUUCAGAAAGUUGCUGAUGCACUGCAUGCUGGAUCUGUGCUUUCACAGUUUUCUUUAGGGAAUAAUAAUCCUAUAUCUGGAAACGCUAUGGCUAGUUUGUUGACUAAACUUUCUACCUUAAAGAGAUUUUCAGAGUUGAAUCUGAAUGGUAUAAAGUUUAGCAAGUUCGCACUUGAUAGCCUUUGCCAACUUGCCAAAUCCUCUUGUUUGUCAGUGUUGAUGCUUGGAAGUACUAGUAUUGGAUCUGAUGGGGCAUUGCAAUUAACUGAAGCAUUAUCCAAUGGGCCUCAAGAGAUGAUGAAGCUUGACCUAUCAUAUUGUGGGCUUACAUCUAAUUAUUUUGUCAGACUAUCUGAAGACUUCUUAUUGAUCGGUGGAAUUAUUGAGCUGAACCUUGCAGGAAAUUCAACUGGGCAAGAGGGUGCUAAUGCAAUAGCGUCAUUACUCAUGAAUCCUCAAUGCUGUCUGAAAGUUCUUCUCAUUAACAAGUGCAUUCUUGGGCUUGCUGGAAUUCUUCAAAUAGUUCAGGCACUAGCAGAGAAUAACUCUCUAGAGGAGCUUAAUCUAGCAGAAAAUGUUAAUUUGGAGAAGGAUAAAACUAUUCAGUAUGAUUUAACAGCAACACAGAACUCCAAAUCUGCCUGGGUAGACAAUCGUUCUCAGAUUUUGCUCAAGAUAUGUGUAGCAGCAGAAGUUGAUGCUGCUCCACAAGGCCUUGAUGCAGCAAAUGCAGAUUACAAUCACCUUGAAGUUGCUGACAGUGAAGAUGGUCUAAAUAAGGCUGAGUCAAUUCCAUCUGCUCUGGAUGACAGCUGCACGAGCUCAUGUCACAAGAAUCCUCCAUUACCAGAGUGCGAAUUUGUUCAGGAGCUUUCAAUGGCCAUUGGUAUGGCUAAACAGUUGCACUUUAUUGAUCUUAGCAAUAAUGGAUUCACAGUGCAAGCUGCUGAAACAUUAUAUACUGCAUGGUCGUCAAGUUCAAGGUGUGGUGGAGCAACUACUAGACAUAUCAAGGAUCUGAAUGUCCAUUUUUCAGUGGAGGGAAGGAACUGCUGUGGGGUUAAGAAUUGCUGCAAAAGGGAUUGAUCUUCUCUCCCAUGGAAAUGAUUUUGAUUUCACCCAUGUGAAGGAUUGGUUUCUUCUGCAAUGUAAAUUACCAUAACAAAUUGAGCGAAGGCACUUUAACAGUGACUGAUUCAGAGGAAUUAGAUUAUUGUACAUAACACUUAAUUGUCAGUGUUCGAUUGACCAGAAGCUUGUAAUAAAAAAUGGUAUUCUUUUAGCCACAUUAUCAUA